AUGAAUGAUGUAAAAUUUGAUAAACUGAACAACCACAGUGAGGUGGAAGAUAUGGAUACAGCUGAAGAUAACAUAGAAUUGGAUAGAGGUGGAGAUGUUAAUGCAAAACCUGUAAAUGGUGAUGUAGAAAAUGGUGCCACACCAAAGGAAGAUGAUGGCAUGGAUGAUGAUGAAAGUAGGGCAGAAGCAACAUUCCAUUAUGUCGUGAAAAACAUCAGUAAGAUGCAGAAAGAUACUGACCUGAGUCCCCCACAUUAUAUCAGAAACUUGCCAUGGAAAAUAAUGGCGAUGCCUCGGUAUAGCCCUCAACAUUCAUCUGAUAAACACAGUCAGAAAAGUCUAGGCUUUUUCCUACAGUGCAAUGCUGAGUCCGACUCAUCAUCCUGGUCAUGUCACGCCCUAGCCGAGUUACGAAUUCUCAACUUCAGGACCGACACGGAACCUUUCAGUAGGAAGAUCCAGCAUUUAUUCUAUAGCAAAGAAAAUGACUGGGGAUUUAGUCAUUUUAUUAUGUGGUCUGAUCUGCUUGACCCUGAUAAAGGAUAUUACAAUGCCAAAGAGGACAGUGUUACAUUAGAAGUACAUGUAGUUGCUGAUGCGCCACAUGGUGUCAGCUGGGACUCUAAGAAACACACAGGAUUUGUUGGACUCAAAAACCAGGGUGCUACAUGCUAUAUGAACUCUCUCUUGCAAACUUUAUACUUCACCAACCAAUUGAGAAAGGCUGUUUAUCUAAUGCCAACAGAAAGUGACGACUCAUCAAAAAGUGUUCCACUUGCAUUACAAAGAGUCUACUAUGAAUUACAAUUUAUGGAUAAGGCUGUGGGAACCAAGAAACUCACAAAAUCAUUUGGUUGGGAGACUCUAGACUCGUUUAUGCAGCAUGAUGUCCAAGAACUAUGCAGGGUGUUGCUUGAUAAUAUGGAAAACAAGAUGAAGAACACAUGUGUUGAUGGAACAAUACCUAGGCUGUUUGAGGGAACUACUUUGUCUUACAUCAAGUGUAAACAUGUAGACUACAUGUCCUCGAAAACAGAAGCCUUUUAUGAUAUCCAACUCAACAUUAAAGGGAAAAAGAACAUUGUAGAAUCAUUCAAAGAUUACAUCACGAAAGAAACAUUAGAUGGUGACAACAAAUAUGACGCGGGACAAUAUGGCCUCCAAGAAGCCGAGAAAGGUGUCAUAUUUCUCUCCUUUCCGCCAGUACUUCACCUACAACUGAUGCGCUUCCAGUACGAUCCCAUUACUGAUGCAAACGUCAAGAUCAAUGAUAGGUUUGAAUUCCCAGAUGUUUUGAAUCUGGACCAAUUUCUGCAAAAACCAGAGAAAACUCCUGCUAACUACAUCCUCCAUGCAGUGUUAGUUCAUAGUGGAGAUAACCAUGGUGGACAUUAUGUAGUGUAUAUUAACCCUAAAGGAGAUGGGAAGUGGUGUAAAUUUGAUGAUGACGUCGUUUCACGUUGCACAAAAGCUGAGGCAAUAGAUCGCAACUUUGGAGGCAACGAUGAUGAGAUUACCGUAAAACAUUGUACAAAUGCUUAUAUGUUGGUUUACAUCAGGGAAAAUUCAUUAGAUGAUGUGGCAAGCCCAGUGACUGAAAAUGAUAUACCAGAAUCACUUGUAAAUAGGUUACAGGAAGAAAAGAGGCUGGAGAUGCAGAAACGUAAAGAAAAAGUAGAAGCUCAUUUGUAUAUGAACAUACAUGUGCUGACUCAUGACCAUUUCCAUGGUCACCAAGGCAAUGAUCUCUUCGAUGUCGACAAAUCCAAUAAUUAUAGGUUAUUUAAAAUUAAGAAGUCAGCAACUCUAAAUGACUUUUUAGAAAUGCUCUCAGAAAAUCUGAAAUAUCCUGUAGAACAUUUACGUAUUUGGCCACUGACCUACAGGAGUAACCAAACAUUUAGACCCACAAUGUUAGAAGUAGAAGCUAAUAAAAGUAUUCAUGAUUUAGCUGAUACAGAUGGUCCAUGGUAUGUGUUUGUAGAGACUCUCAGUGUAGAAAGUACAGCACGAUCACUUCCACCUUUUGACAAAGAAUCGGAUGUUCUGCUGUUUCUGAAGAGGUAUGAUCCAAAGACGAAGAGCAUUUCUUACUGUGGACAUAUCUACACACCAAUUACAGCAACUGUUGGGCAGCUGAUGCCAGUGCUGUGUGAGAGAGGAGGUUUCCCACAAGGCACAGAUCUCAUCGUCUUUGAGGAAGUGAAACCAAACCUUACAGAGCGUAUAGAAGACUACGACAUCCCACUAGAAAAGAUCAUGGAUGAACUGAUGGAUGGUGACAUUCUGGUCUUCCAGAAAGACGACCCAGAGCUUCAUCAUUAUGAACUACCCACAGCCAAGGACUAUUUCAAGGACCUGUAUUAUAGAAUAGAAGUGACAUUCUGUGAUAAAACCUUACCAAAUGACAAUGGGUUUACCCUAGAACUUUCCCAACGCAUGAAUUAUGAUCAGGUGGCCAAUGCAGUUGCACAGCAUCUGGGAACAGACCCAUAUUUAUUGCAGUUCUUCAAGGCACAGGGUUAUCGAGAGGGCCCUGGCAAUCCUAUUCGGUGUACAUACGAGGGGUCCCUCAAAGAUCUCUUCACAUACUUUAAACAGAAAAGUCCUAGAAAAAUAUACUAUCAACCACUUAGCAUUCGUAUCAGUGAGUUAGAAAAUAAAAGGCAGUUUAAGUGUACCUGGGUGAAUAUGAAGCUGAAAGAGGAGAAAGAGCUAGUGUUGUACCCUGACAAGAAUGGUAGCGUAGCUGAUCUGCUGACUGAAGCCAGAAAACAAGUGGAACUUCAUCCAACGGAAGGUUCUGGGAAACUGAGGUUAAUGGAAAUCAUCAGUUACAAGAUCUUCAACAUUCAGCGGGAAGAUAUCCAGUUGGAAUGUCUCAGCACAGCUGGGACAAAAUCAUUCAGAGUGGAGGAAAUCCCACUUGAAGAACAGAAUAUUGAUACAGAAGAAGAGUUACUCAUCCCAUGUGCACACUUUCAAAAGGAAAUAUUCUCAACAUUUGGUGUUCCUUUCAUGCUGAGGAUACGACAUGGGGAAGCAUUCUCUCAAGUAAAAGAACGAAUACAGAAACGAUUAGAAAUCAGCGAAAAAGAGUUUGAAAAGUGGAAGUUCGCCAUAGUGGUAAUGGGAAGGCAAACAUAUAUGCCUGAAGACACAGAAUCAUAUGUUAACAUACAAGACUUUCAACUACACACCAUGCAGAGUAGUGGAAUGCAAGCAAGGCCAUGGCUAGGACUUGAUCAUAUAAACAAAACUCCAAAACGCUCUAGAUAUACCUAUCUUGAAAAAGCCAUUAAAAUCCAUAACUGAGAUCUGGUAGGAGGCAUGGUCUAAACAAUGGCCAU